AAGAGAGAAACAACACCCAACAACUAAGGAGAGGGGAUACGAAAGAAAGAAAAGAAACCCACCCACCCACUCCUAAAAAAAAAAAAACACCACCCCUGUGGCGCGCCGCCUGGUUCCCGGGAAGACUUGCCAGCGCCAGGGGGUGGGGGCGCGAGCGGAAAGCUGCCGGAGAGUGAGCGGCCCUAGCAGGGAUGGACAUGAUGCUCUUGGUGCAGGGUGCUUGUUGCUCGAACCAGUGGCUGGCGGCGGUGCUUCUCAGCCUGUGCUGCCUGCUCCCCUCCUGCCUCCCGGCUGGACAGAGCGUAGACUUCCCCUGGGCGGCCGUGGACAACAUGAUGGUCAGAAAAGGGGACACGGCGGUGCUUAGGUGUUAUUUGGAAGAUGGAGCUUCAAAGGGUGCCUGGCUGAACCGAUCAAGUAUUAUUUUUGCCGGAGGCGAUAAGUGGUCAGUGGAUCCUCGGGUUUCAAUUUCAACAUUGAAUAAAAGAGAUUACAGCCUCCAGAUACAGAAUGUAGAUGUGACAGAUGAUGGCCCAUACACGUGUUCUGUUCAGACUCAACAUACACCGCGAACAAUGCAAGUGCACCUAACUGUGCAAGUUCCUCCGAAGAUUUAUGACAUCUCAAAUGAUAUGACCAUCAAUGAAGGAACCAAUGUCACUCUUACAUGCCUGGCUACCGGAAAGCCAGAACCUUCCAUUUCCUGGCGGCAUAUCUCCCCAUCAGCAAAACCAUUUGAAAAUGGACAAUAUUUGGACAUUUAUGGAAUUACGAGGGACCAGGCUGGGGAAUAUGAAUGCAGUGCAGAAAAUGAUGUGUCAUUCCCAGAUGUGAAGAAAGUAAAAGUUGUCGUGAACUUUGCUCCUACAAUUCAGGAAAUUAAAUCUGGCACGGUGACCCCGGGACGUAGUGGAUUGAUAAGAUGUGAAGGUGCAGGUGUGCCGCCUCCGGCCUUCGAAUGGUACAAAGGAGAGAAGAAGCUCUUCAAUGGCCAACAAGGAAUUAUUAUUCAAAACUUUAGCACAAGAUCCAUUCUCACCGUUACUAACGUGACACAGGAGCACUUCGGCAACUAUACUUGUGUGGCUGCCAACAAGCUCGGCACGACCAAUGCGAGCCUGCCUCUUAACCCUCCAAGUACAGCCCAGUAUGGAAUUACCGGGAGCGCUGACGUUCUUUUCUCCUGCUGGUACCUUGUGUUGACACUGUCCUCUUUCACCAGCAUAUUCUACCUGAAGAAUGCCAUUCUACAAUAAAUUUAAAGACCCAUAAAAGGCUUUUAAGGAUUCUCUGAAAGUGCUGAUGGCUGGUUCCAAUCUGGUACAGUUUGUUAAAAGCAGCGUGGGAUGUAAUCAGCAGUGCUUACAUGGGAUGAUCGCCUUCUGUAGAAUCGCUCAUUAUGUAAAUACUUUAAUUCUACUCUCUUUUUUUUUUUUUGAUUAGCUACAUUACCUUGUGAAGCAGUACACAUUGUCCUUUUUUUAAGACGUGAAAGCUCUGAAAUUACUUUUAGAGGAUAUUAAUUGUGAUUUCAUGUUUGUAAUCUACAACUUUUCAAACGCAUUCAGUCAUGGUCUGCUAGGUUGCAGGCUGUAGUUUACAAAAAACGAAUAUUGCAGUGAAUAUGUGAUUCUUUAAGGCUGCAAUACAAGUAUUCAGUUCCCUGUUUCAAUAAGAGUCAAUCCACAUUUACAAAGAUGCAUUCUUUUUUUUCUUUUUUGAUAAAAAAGCAAAUAAUAUUGCCUUCAGAUCAUUUCUUCAAAAUAUAACACAUAUCUAGAUUUUUCUGCUCGCAUGACAUUCAGGUUUCAGGAAUGAGCCUUGUAAUAUAACUGGCUGUGCAGCUCUGCUUCUCUUUCCUGUAAUUUCAGCAUGGGUGUGCCUUCAUAAAAUAAUAUUUUUCUCUUUGUCUCCAAUGACUUCAAAAUGUUUUAGAAAUCCUACAAUUUGGAAGCAAAAAUAAACCACAAUGAUAAAGUUGAACUUUAUCCUCUCUAAAGAACGAAGGAGCUAUCAGACCGUAUUGCUUCAUUACCAGUGGGGUUUGAGGAUUUUGCCCCACAAUAACUCAGUUUUCAUGAUGAAAAACAAUUUAAUAACAUGACAGCAAAUGUACCAUAUGAUUUCUGUAGUUGAAAUUAAAUGUUAGAUCCUCUGUGGGAAAUAAUUCCCUUUAAAAUGACAGCACAGUCUACUCAAGAGGUUAUCUAGCAAUACAACAUCUUUUCUCUCACCAUUCCACGCCAAAUUGUAAAGAUGAUUUGGCAGAAAGGACAGAGUCCAAUCACCUAAUACUACAUGAGUUGGUAAAGGUUCCACAUGAAUUUGGCUUUGUUAAGGUUAGGUUAGGAUGACAGAGUGCUCUUGAAGACAGGAGCAUUUUACAUAUAUUCUGUCUGAAAACACCAUUCAGUUAAUAGUCUUAAAUACACGUUAUAUUUUGUAAAAUAAAGUUCCAAAAUGUAUUAUAACACAUACUCUAUGUUAAUAGGAAGCAGAUCAAUCCCCAAAGUAACUGAUCCUUCAAUAAAAUCUUUUUAUAGCCAUUUCAGCUCAAA